AUGUUCAUCCGACGCCUUGUUUCUUCAUCUCGCAUUAUCGGCUUGAAAACAGGUCGCUUACUAUCUUCUACCUGUUACACAUUUUCCACUCGAUUGGCUAUGGCAAACUAUCAAGCAGUCCAAGUUGGUCAAGAAUACGACUUUAGCUAUCGUGUCUAUUUUCGAAAUCAAGAUGGGCCUAUUUCUCCAUGGCAUGAUAUUCCUUUAUUUGCAAAUGAAGAGAAAACAAUCCUAAAUAUGGUGGUGGAGAUCCCACGAUGGACCAAUGCUAAGAUGGAGAUUGCCACCAAAGAUAAACUGAAUUCUAUCAAGCAAGACAUUAAGAAAGGAAAAUUAAGAUUCGUUCACAACAUAUUUCCACAUCAUGGGUAUAUGUGGAAUUAUGGAGCGUUCCCUCAGACAUGGGAAGAUCCAAAUCAUGUUGAUGCAAAUACCUCUUGUAAAGGUGACAAUGAUCCCUUGGAUGUCUGUGAAAUCGGCUAUAAGGUGGGAAAGCGCGGAGAGAUCAAACAGGUUAAAGUCCUAGGUGUAAUGGCCAUGAUCGAUGAAGGUGAAACCGACUGGAAGAUUCUCGCAAUUGAUGUCACCGAUCCUCUUGCUGAUAAAAUCAAUGAUGUUGACGAUAUCCCAAAGUAUAUGCCAAACUUUCUCGAGGCAACUCAUAAUUGGUUCCGUGAUUAUAAGAUCCCGGCUGGCAAGCCACCCAAUCAAUUUGCUUUUUCUGGUGAAGCUAAAAAUAAACAAUUUGCAAUGGGAGUUAUUCAUGAAACUCACAAUUAUUGGCGCGAUCUUGUUAAUGGCGCAUGCGAUGAUGGUGGAAUGAAUCGGGCUAAUACAGCGACUACUAACAACAAUCAUAAGAUAUCGACGGAUGAAGCUCAGAAAGAAAUCGAUGCUCAACCGAGUUGCCAAUCCCCUGCUUCUAUUGAUCAGUCAGUAAACAAAUGGCAGUACGUUUAA